GCAGAGACACAAACCCACAGAAGCAGUCUCCCAUUUGAGAGAAUUACUUCCAGACUUGCUCGUAACUUUCACAGACCUGACACUGACUCUCCACUGCUUUUGUUUCUGCUUCUGGAACACAAGAGAAAGGACUGAAAAGACUACAGAGGAUUAAACCAAAGACGCUUACAACCAAGAAACUUGUUUGGCAAGAUUUUUUUUUCUCCAUGCGAUUUGAAGAUAAGGGCUCUUGUUGCAGCUUGAAAGCUUGAAGGGUGAAGCGUCUGUUGCUCUGUGAAACUUUUUCUGUGACUAAUCAUUCUUUUCUGGAACAACUAUGAGUGCGGUCUUGGAAAUCGAAACGCACCAGCUCAUUGAAGAAUGUAAAGCCACACACGUUCAUCUGUAUAAAUUCUAUGCAGCGAUCAUGAUUCUGAUUUUUAUCUUGGCGCUGCCUCUAAACGCAUCUGUCCUCCACCUCUUCAUAUUCAAGCUGAAGUUCUGGAAAUCCAACAGCAAUAAUAUUUUCCUGUUCAACCUGGUGUUAGCGGACAUUCUGCUGCUCUUCUGUUUGCCCAUAAAAGCACACAACUUCAUAGAAGGAGAAAGGAGGAGCAGCAAUGAUGUGGUUUGCAAAGCCAUGCUCUUCAUGCUGUUUCUGAACCGAGGAGCCAGCAUCGCCUUCCUGACGGUGACUUCCAUCGAUCGGUAUUUCAACGUCGUCCACCCCGGACGCAAGAACCUCCUGAAGGCUCUGAAGAAAUCUCCUCAGAUCUCCAUCAUCAUCUGGAUCCUUCUUCUGCCUCUCACCAUUCCCACAAUGCUCCAGAACUUUGAGUGUUGCAACAGCCACGGGGCGGAUGACAAUAUAACCCGUUCAGAUGCUUUAAUCAAGGACGUGAUCGACAGCUCUCGGGAGGUGGUCUUCUUCUCCCAGAUCCUCAUCCCCUUCAUCAUCCUGGUCUACUGCACGGUCCACAUCAUCAAACGACUCCAGCAGAAAACCAUCGGGGAUAAAACCAAGCUGAGGCGGGCGGUGUUUUUGGUCACCACGGUCAUGGUGGUCUUCUCCAUCUGCUUCCUACCCUGCACUAUAGCCAGGAUGAUCCUACUGAUUGCCCGGGUCAAGGACUGGGACGCCGUGGCCCAGGAUAAAGCCACGGUGGCCUUCGACGGCCUCAUGGUCCUGUCCUACAUGGACUGUCUGCUGGAUCCGCUGGUUUACUGCUUCUGUAGCACCAAGUUUAAAGGGCUUUAUCUGAACAAGUACUUACCGUUCCUCGCCAAAGAUAUUCCGGUGCCUUUGGAAAGCUCCACGGCGAACACGUCACAUCCGAGACGCGAUAACGUCAUCUGAAAGACGAAGAUGGACUCCCACAGACUGAUGGUAUCUGAAGAGGUCUACGCAAUGUCCGCAAAGUCUCUACAAUUCAAAGAAAUUAUUACAAAAGCAAUUGAUGAGAUUUGUUUUACGUUCUCAGUGGUUAUCAAAGUUUUUCAUCAAUGCAGUUGAAGCAUUGGUCUAUUUUUCUUCAACAAGAGAUCAAUUCAUGUGACUCUAGUUGUGGCAAAAGUUCUUCCCAUUGCAGUUUUGCGUGAUAUACCAAUUGUGCUACGCCCGAAAAACCACCUCUCGCCAGCACAAAAACUUUUAAUCGAAUGAGAGUUUGAGUGAAAUUGUCGCAUUUCCAUCAGGCAAAAUUUUAUGCACAAGUUACAGUCGCGCAAUUUGAGGGUCAAUGGAAAAGCAACUAUUGAUGCCACUGACACCACUGUAUUAAAUGAGGCAAAAAACUUCAAUAUCUACUUUACAUUUUGUAAUAAU